AUGACUAUGUGGCCGUUCCGUACCAAGUACCCAGAGCACAAGCCAGAAGAAGUUAAUGGGAAAGAAUAUGAUUUUGUGGUCGUAGGAGGCGGUACUGCUGGAUGUGUUCUAGCAUCGAGGUUGAGUGAAGAUCCGAAAGUCUCAGUUCUUCUCAUCGAGCGAGGACCUCUCAACGAUUCAUGGAUGUCACGUAUUCCUCUGCUAUCUACGGAUAUCUUCAAUCCAAGUACCGGCGCUGUAAGUUGGGACUGCGAGCCACUGAAGUAUUGUGAUGAUAGAGUUACUCAGUUAUAUUGCGGGGAAGUUAUGGGAGGAACGUCUAGAAUAAAUGGUAUGGUGUAUACCCGUGGGAACCCUGCGGAGUAUGAAGCAUGGGCUGCUUUAGGUUAUCCAAAUUGGAGCUACGAAAAGGUCUUGCCUUAUUUCAUCAAAAGUGAGAAGCACGUACACCAGUACUGGCAGAAGUGGCGUGGAAUUUCAGGACCAUGGAUCAAUAAGUCAAUUGUCUAUGCUGAAUGGGUCUUCAACGCUUUCCGAGCGUUCCUAGAUGCAGCAACGGCCAAUGGUUUCCCCUUAGUACUGGAUGGCAGCUCACCUAAAGCACCAAACGAAGGUGUCGUUGUUGUUGAUUCAACUAUCAAUAAGCGCAGUGAGCGAGUCUCGACGUUACAAGCCUUUCUUCCUCACGAUGUUGUGUCGAAAAGGAGUAAUUUAACAAUUUGCACCAAAGCCGUGGUGUCUCGUCUUACCUUUGUGAUGGAAGAUGGACGACCUCGCCCUGAUGAAGUACUACUGAGGCAUAGCGAUUCUAAAUCUGAAGUUGUGUACUCGGUUAAGGUGAAGAAAGAAGUGAUCGUUUGUUCAGGGACAUUUGGCUCACCACCCCUUCUAAUGCGCAGUGGCAUUGGCCCUCGUAAACACUUGGAAGAGCAUAAAAUUGUUGUGGUCCGCGAUCUCGAAGGUGUUGGUUUUAAUCUGAAAGAUCACCACGGGUUUCCGCUUGUAUGGGAAACGCCACUCAACGAAUCAUUAAGCGAGGCCAUGGUCCAUCCCUUUAAGAAGGCUUUACCAGAGAUGGUGAAAUAUAUCUUACAUGGGACCGGUAUAUUUAGCAUGCCAUCACAACAUAUUGCCCUUUUUGCACGUUCAAGGGCAAUAUCGGAUGACGGCUCCGAAUACAAGUUCGCUGGAGAUAAUACAAAUGCAGAGCCCUCCGACAAUUUGCCAGAUUUGGAACUUAUUCCAGCCGCAAUCAGCACCAUAGACAAACCAGGAGAACAAGGUCGGAGUGACCAAAGGUUGGGCACGGUGUCCAUUCUGGCCACAUACUUGGUACCAGAAUCCUCUGGCUCUAUUCGACUCUCGUCUACCAACCUCUUCGAUAGACCAAAGGUAGAUUUUGGGUUUCUUUCCAACCCUGCAGACUACAUAGUCCUCAGAAAGGCAAUCCGACUCUCCCUCAAAUUAGCCGAGAUAAUGAAGGCAUCCGGGUUUCCACUGCUCAAUAACAUCACCUACCCAGAAGCUAGCCAACAAAAAGACGCAGAGAAUGGGAACGACGAUGAGCUCGACAGAUUGAUACGGCAGUAUAUCAGGAGCGUCUUUCACUGGUCUUGUACCUGUAAAAUGGGCUCCGAGGACGACUUGGGGGUCGUUGAUGAGGAACUGAAAGUUCAUGGUGUGACGGGUCUUAGGAUCUGUGAUGCUAGUAUCUUUCCCAAGGGAUUGAGUGCACACUUGCAGGCGCCUGUUGUUAUGGUUGCUGAGAGAUGUGCUGAUUUCAUUAAGAGUGGCAUGUGA